CCAAGAUAUUCGUCGCAGCAAAAUCAGAGACCAAGUCUUCCAUGGAAAAACCCAGCAAAACGCAUCCACUCAUUUCAGCCUGAGACUUCUAUCUUGUUUCCAAGCGAAUCACAAACGGAAUCCAAAAUCUUUGAAAUGAGAAAAAGCCAGCGAGCAGAAAAGGGAAUGAAUAAGAUAUGGGCAAUCUGGGCAAGUAGCAGCGAGGUGUGCGAAAGGAGAGCAGCCUGCGAUAGGUUUCUCCCUCUCCAACCUCAGACUCCCCAGGUCAAAAGAAAAAAGGCAGAGGCUUAGCAUUAAGUAAAACCCCACUCGCCAGAAAGGCAGCACAGUAGGUGGAGGCCCCAGCCCGCCUGGGAGAUCGCGUUUGCGUCCCGAGACGAGCCAAGGUCGUGGCCUUUGAAGGGGGGGGGGGUGGGAGGGGAGGGAAGAGCGCGCGGGCACCGAAUCCGACCGACGCCCCAUGUCCAAAUCCCCCCGCCGUUAUCUCCUUGGCAGAACCCAAUGCCCUCCUCGAUCCUCACCUCGCCCAAAUUCCGCCUCAACUCUUCUACCUUCUAUUAUUACUACAAUUAUUCCCUUCCCACUGCUCUCUUCCAAUUCCAACCUCCCCACCCUUCUUCCCCUCCUGCUCCCACAAGCACCAAUAAUCCCAUGCACCGAGCAAUUUCCCCUUGUUUUUUCUGAUGGCCUUCCCGUCUUGCCUCCUCCUCCCUUCUCCCUCUUCAUCCCAUGAUCCCCCAACUAUUUCUACACCCCCUCUCCUCUCCCGCUCCCAACAACAACAACUAGAACAAGAAGAACUGCUCUUUUACUUGCACCUACAGCAGCAGCAGCACCAAGAGAAGUUAGACAAAAUGGUGCGCAAGCGUCCAGCCUCCGAGCUCGACCUCCAGCCCGACUCCUCCUCUUACCCCAACCCCACCCGCCGAGGGGGGGGCAACUCCUCCUCGGCCGCGCUACCCGCCGCUUUUAUAGGCGAUCUUCAAGCACAAUCGCCUCUACUGUUCGAGACGAGUCUCACCCCCAACCCUCCUCCCAUUCUCUUGCAGGCGCUACCGCCUCAGCUGCCGGCUCCGCCGGCUGUGUGCGGGUUCUCCGGGCCGCCGCUGCUCCCGACCGAUGCGGAGCGGGGCGGUGGAUCGGGUGCGGAGGGGUUGCAGCUUUUAGGUUCGUCCGGCAUUGGUGGGUCCUCUGACGACGGGAGUGGGGACGCUGCGGCCGCCACGGCGUGGAUAGAUGGGAUCAUCCGGGAUUUGAUCAGCAGCGCGACGGCGGAGGUGUCGAUCCCCCAGCUUAUCCACAACGUUCGGGAGGUUAUCCAUCCGUGUAACCCCGGCCUCGCCGCUGUCCUCGAGUACCGCCUUCGGUCCUUGACGUUAGUUCCGCCGCCUUUUCCGUUGCUUCCCAGCGGCGGAGCGGCGGAGCCGUCGGAGAAGCGGAGGCGCCCGGCUCCGGCGCUGCCGGAGAUACCGCCACCGCCGAAGCGAAUCGAUCCAUCGCCGUCGUUCCCGUCCUGCGCCGCCGGAGCGUCCAGCCAGCAGCUCCCUAGCUGGGAGGAACCCAAUCCGAAUCCAAGUCCCAGCUAUCCUCGGUUCCCUACCCCCCAGCAACCCCGUCCGCAGCGGAGCUCGGCGUCCGCCUCCUCCGACGAGGCCACCGCGGCGACCGCUGCCGCGGCGGCCGCGGCAGCGGCGGCGAAGGAGAGAAAGGAAGAGAUCCGCCAGCAGAAGCGCGACGAGGAGGGGCUCCACCUUCUCACCCUCCUCCUCCAGUGCGCGGAGGCGGUGGCCGCAGAUAACCUGGAGGAGGCGAACCGCCUAUUACUCGAGAUCUCAGAGCUCUCGACCCCGUUCGGCACCUCCGCCCAGCGCGUGGCCGCCUACUUCUCCGAGGCGAUGUCGGCCCGCCUCGUGAGCUCCUGCCUGGGCCUCUACGCGCCGCUCCCCUCCGUCCCCCACCGCGCCCGCCUCGUCUCGGCCUUCCAGGUCUUCAACGGCAUCAGCCCCUUCGUCAAGUUCUCCCACUUCACCGCCAACCAGGCCAUCCAGGAGGCGUUCGAGCGCGAGGACCGCGUGCACAUCAUCGACCUCGACAUCAUGCAAGGCCUCCAGUGGCCGGGCCUGUUCCACAUCCUCGCCUCCCGCCCCGGCGGCCCACCGCGCGUCCGGCUGACCGGGCUCGGUUCGUCCAUGGAGGCUCUGGAGGCGACGGGGAAGAGGCUGUCGGACUUCGCGCAAACACUUGGUCUGCCGUUCGAGUUCUGCCCGGUGGCGGAGAAGGUGGGGAAUUUGGACCCCGACCGGUUGGGGGUGAACCGGAGGGAGGCCCUGGCCGUUCACUGGCUCCACCACUCCCUCUACGACGUCACGGGCUCUGACACCAAUACACUGUGGCUUCUCCAGCGGCUGGCGCCGAAGGUGGUAACAAUGGUGGAGCAAGACCUGAGCCAAACAGGCUCAUUUCUCUCCCGUUUCGUGGAGGCCAUCCACUACUACUCGGCCCUCUUCGACUCCCUGGGCGCCAGCUACGGCGAGGACAGCCAGGAACGGCAUAUCGUCGAGCAGCAGCUCCUCUCUCGGGAGAUCCGCAACGUGCUCUCCGUCGGCGGGCCGGCGCGCACCGGCGAGGUCAAGUUCGGCAACUGGAGGGAGAAGCUCAGCCAGUCCGGGUUCCGCGUCAUCUCCCUCGCGGGCAACGCCGCCGCCCAGGCCACCCUCCUCCUCGGCAUGUUCCCCUCCGACGGCUACACUCUUGUCGAAGAGAACGGCACUCUCAAGCUCGGCUGGAAGGACCUCUGCCUCCUCACUGCCUCCGCCUGGCGGCCCAUCCACCCUCCCUCCUCCACCACCACCACCACCACCACAACCGCCACCGCCACCGCCACCACUCUUUGCUCCUCCCGGUAGUUGGUCUGUUCAAAAGGAGACCAAACUUUUGCUCGCUUUGCUUGCCCAUCUGGGCUUCUAUAGCUAGAAACCAGCCGGCCGGCCGACCGCCUAUCUUUCUUUGUGUAUACGAGACGGAUGUUUUUGCCUGAUCAGAAACUAGUGAGCAAAUGGGUGAAAAGCACAAUGUGUUUGUGUGG